GGGUGUCCUUAUAUUAUUAAUUUCUCGGCUGCCAGAAGCACUACAUCCAGAUCUUGCCUACACUUUCUCAGCAACCAAACAGACUUUUGAGUUAAUCACUCACUCAAAAAACCCUACUUUUAGUUGUUGAAUUUUCUCUAACUCUGACUCGUUUUGUUGGAUUGAGAGCUUGAAGAAGAAGAAGAAGAAGCAGCUAUGGAGUCUGCUGUUAUGGUCUCUGCAGCUUCUUUUCAUGAUCUGGAGUCUUCUCAUGAGCCGGAGAAGCCACUCCUUGUCGAUAAUUCUCGAACCCGAAAGAACCGUGCCCGAGAUGUUCAUAUUCUCAGCUCUGCCUUCUUGCUCAUCUUUCUUGCUUUUGGUGCCACUCAGAAUCUAGAGAGCACUCUCAUCACUGAGAAGAAUUUGGGUACCACAUCACUUGGAAUUUUGUAUCUAUCAUUCGCAUUUUUCUCUUUGGUGGCGUCCUCGGUUGUUCGACGUUUGGGUUCAAAGAACUCUUUGAUUCUUGGGACUACUGGCUAUUGGUUGUUCAUAGCUGCACAUUUGAAACCAACUUGGUACAUAAUGGUUCCGGUUUCUUUGUACCUUGGGUUUGCCUCUUCAAUAAUAUGGGUCGAGCAGGGAGCAUAUCUAACUGCAGCAGCGCGUAGUCAUGCCCGAGACAAUGGAUUACAUGAAGCAACAGUUAUUGGCAACUUCAAUGGAGAAUUUUGGGGAAUGUUUGCCUGUCGACAGUUCGUUGGAAAUCUUUUACCACUCUUCUUGCUAAAAAGUGGAACAGACGGAAAUGCAGGCGACAUAACUUUGUUGUUCACUGUGUUUCUCUGCAGUAUGACCUUAGGAACCAUACUGAUGUGCUUCUUAAGCAAACGGGAUGAAGUAGAGCACCCCCACGGUUCUUCUCUCAACUUACUUGCUACUCUGUCAUCUUCGUCAAUGUCGCUCAUCCCUCCUUUGUUUGAUAUACGGAUGCUAUUGAUCAUCCCCCUUAUGGCGUAUACAGGAUUACAACAAGCAUUUGUAUGGGCUGAAUUCACCAAGUUCAUCGUUAAACCAAUGUUCGGUGUGUCUGGUGUGGGCGGUGCAAUGGCAGUUUAUGGGGCUUUCGAUGCAAUAUGUUCACUCACUGCUGGUCGACUUACCUCGGGUCUCAAGUCCAUCACUCUUAUCGUCACAGGCGGAGCUUUAGUUCAGGCUGUCGUAUUCAUCUGGCUGCUUCUAUUUUACAGCCCGUCAAGCGGACUACAUGGCACUAUGAAUCUUCUUAUAAUGGCAGCUCUGUUGGGCAUCGGGGAUGGGGUUUUCAACACACAGCUCAGUGCUUUGAUUGGAAUAUUCUUCAAACACGAUACGGAAGGAGCAUUUGCACAGCUCAAGGUGUGGCAGUGUGGCGGCGUUGCACUCAUCUUCUUCAUCAGUCCAUACAUCUCAUUACAGGCAAUGCUGGUGCUUAUGCUCUCUGCAAUCUGCCUCGCAUACGCCUCCUUUCUAUUUCUGCAUCGUCGAGGAGACAAAUCAAUCUCGCUUCGUUAAGUUGAGGUUCAGGUUCAUGAUACGUGCACAUGAAACAUUCAAUCAUUUCAAGAGGGAAAAAAAAAAAAGUUGUCGUAGUCAUACAAGUUUGGGUAUCAUUGUGUUUUGUUACUGUCUCUAAAUCCAUAUCAUCCACCUUGUAAUGUUGUUUCUGAAACUAAUGAAAAAUGACCGUUAUGCUGUCACAAAACAAUACAGCAUCUAAUACAUUACUUGAACUCGGUUCAAAUCUACUUGAAGGACAGACUUCUAGCUCUGAAUCCUUUCCAAUC